GCCGCGCGGGGCGGGGAUUGGUCCGCUCUUGGUUUGGGCUCCCCGCAGUUCGCCGCCGUCCGCCGUCUCCGGGACACCUGCUCGCUCCGCCCGUCCGGCGGCGCGGGAUUCCCUGCCGCGCUCUCCCCGCCUCCCAGUUCGCAGGGCCCGGCCGUCCUGUACCCGGACCCCGCGUCGCUCCUCUGAGACACCGCAGGGCGAGAUGAGCGCGGACGUGGCGGCCGGGGCGCCCCUGCCCCGGCUCUGCUGCCUGGAGAAGGGUCCGAACGGCUACGGCUUCCACCUGCACGGGGAGAAGGGGAAGGCGGGCCAGUACAUCCGGCUGGUGGAGCCCGGCUCGCCGGCCGAGAAGGCGGGGCUGCUGGCCGGGGACCGGUUGGUGGAGGUGAACGGCGAGAACGUGGAGAAGGAGACCCACCAGCAGGUGGUGAGCCGCAUCCGAGCCGCGCUCAACGCCGUGCGCCUGCUGGUGGUCGACCCCGAAGCGGACGAGCAGCUGCAGAAGCUCGGCGGCCAGGCCCGGGAGGAGCUGCUGCGCGCCCAGUUAGGACCCGGGCAGGCCGAGCCGCCGGGCGCCGUCGGGGCGCAGGGGGUUGGCGACCAAAAUGAGCCACGCGAGGCCGAGAAGAGCCACCCCGAGCGGCGUGAGCUUCGGCCUCGACUCUGUGCCAUGAAGAAGGGCGCCAAUGGCUAUGGCUUCAACCUGCACAGUGACAAGUCCAAGCCAGGCCAGUUCAUCCGGGCAGUGGACCCAGACUCGCCGGCUGAAGCUUCGGGGCUCCAGGCCCAGGACCGCAUUGUGGAGGUGAACGGAGUCUGCAUGGAGGGCAAGCAGCAUGGGGACGUGGUGUCCGCCAUCAGGGCUGGUGGGGAUGAGACCAAACUGCUGGUGGUAGACAAGGAAACCGACGAGUUCUUCAAGAAGUGUAAAGUGAUCCCGUCUCAUGAGCACCUGAAUGGUCCCUUGCCUGAGCCCUUCACCAAUGGGGAGAUACAGAAGGAGAACAGUGGUGAAGCCCUGUCUGAGGCAGCCUCGGAGAGCCCCAGGCCAGCCCUUGCGAGAUCCACCUCCAGUGAUAGCAGUGAGGAGCUGAAUUCCCAAGACAGCCCCAAGAGACAGGACUCUACAGCGCCGUCGUCUACCUCCUCCUCCGACCCCAUCCUGGAUUUCAACAUCUCCCUGGCUGUGGCCAAAGAGAGGGCCCACCAGAAGCGUGGCAGCAAGCGGGCCCCACAGAUGGACUGGAGCAAGAAAAACGAACUCUUCAGCAACCUCUAAGCACUCCAGCCACCCAGGGGGCUGCAAGGGCCAAGCCAGCCUCCCCACCCAACCUCUCUCCCUUUCCCUCCUCCCCAGUUAC